AUGAACGAAGGAACGGCAAAUAGGACAUCGAAAGUUCGCUUUUCGGCAAACACGGACACGUUCAGCGAGGAGGAAGAAGCAGACAUUCGCCACAAGCGACUACUUCGGUACUGGUAUAAAGGAGGUCGAAGGUAUAGUGAGGCCGAGAAAGCCUUCCUGAACCGAGUAAGGAUCCCUUCCGUUGGAUUACUCGGCGAUGGAGAGACAAAAGUCGGAUGGUUGAGAUUCUUCGACCCUGGAGGUAAAAAUACAGAGUUAUGAUAGUUAGCUCGUGAAUCAGUCAUGUCGACUUCAAUUAUUUUCUUGAAUUUUUCUUUCAAAGAAAAUAACCUAAUUUUUUAGGUACGGAAAAAAAUCUAAUUCAUUUACCGGUGGGUAAAUUCUUUUUACUGUGUAAAAAUAAAUAAAUAGUUCUCGUCGCGUCAAAAUCUCGGAACGUUGCUAACUGACUUAGCUCAUGAGAUGAUAUCUAGUAAUCUAUAUAGUCAAGAUCAUAUUAUAAAAUUGUUCCUUAGCAAGUAAAUUAAAUGUAAAAUAUCACCUCAGUACAUCAUAUGGUCAGCUCAUUUCAAGAUUACCUCAAUGUGGUCUUUGGCACUAAUUCAGAUCACCUUUCGUGCCUAUUGCGCUAUAUCUUUUCGUACAUUUUUCUGGAAUUCUCAAUGAUAAUUUUCUAUGUUAAAUGUGCUGAAUAAAUAACGGAAAAUUAUAAUGAUAAAUCAUCUUUUAAUUCCUCGCUAACACUAAAAGUAUCACCUUAUGUCGAUAAAAUUUAUAUAAAACUAACAAUCGAACCGAUGAGAGAUAUGUUUUCUUUAAUAUCAUUGAUCAACUGUUAGUUAAAUCGAGUCAGAGCGACGUGCGGUAUGAUGGCUAAACGGCUGGUAUAUCAAACGGAGGAUCUAGCCAAAGAUGUCCAAAAGAACUAGAGGGAUUUUUCGAAUUUGCUUUGCAAAUUUCUGUUUCGCCAGACAUAAUAUAGCCGUAGUUACCUUCUUUUAAAUGGAAUUUUAAUCACGCGUUAGAUAAUUUCAAAAUAGUAUGGUUUAUCAAUCGCAAAACAGUCUUAUAAUGGCAUUUUGGUUGCAAUUUCAUUUUCGGAAAAAAGAAUAACUUACAUUUAAAGUUUGCUUUCGAGCGUAAACGGUGAAUUUCUUCUUUCGAACUUCCCUUUAAUACAGAGGUUUAAAAUAAUGGUUGAUCGCCUUAUGGUCUUUAAGUUAUGUGGAAGGAGUAUUUAUCCCCGACACAAACAAAAUAUAUUCAAUAUAUUUUGAAAUAACAUCUCGUUUGCUCUUUUCUUUAAAUGUGUUGUAAAAUCAUGUUCUUAUCGUAGGAUUAUUUGCUGCCUACCUUUAUUUGAGUAAUCUCGGACAGAUGGUCCAAAACUUUUGCUUUACACCAUUAUGGUGAAAUAAAAGUAUUUUUGGAUAAUUAAUCAACCAUCUGCUCCAUGCUGAGUGGGCCGGAAAAUAAAAUGCCCGGGGGGGGGGUUAUUGAGGGAAGAGGGGAGGGGGCAUUCACCAACUUUUUUUCCAGGGGUGCUCCGCAAAAACUUCAAAUGAAGACUUUUAAAGACUAUCGAAGUGAAUUGAAAUAACUUUUCUACUCUACCAUUAAUUCGUCACUAUUCAACCUUUAAACUGUGAUGAUGAUAUUUACUAGAGGGAGCUAAUCUUGUGCCCAAAACCAACAGUGUAACUAAAAUGUAGGGACCUAACAACCGCUUAGCCGUGGAUAGUCUGGGUACGAGACUAAGAGGGAACCCAUCAUGUUAAAGCCCUCUGGUUUCUCAUGGGCCUCCUCGCUACCUCAGGUCCUUUUUUACACUUUUAACUUGAUGACUGUCGCAUUCAUUUUUAGUUAAGAACUAUUCCCAACCAAUAGAGUAAUUCCGUUUAGUUGCCUCUUUUUACACAAGUGCUCCAAAAAACAGGCUACUUUUUUUGUUUUUAUUUUUUUGAUCAAAAUGAGGUAAAGCAGAAUCCAGUAUCUGGAAUUAAAAAAUUGAAUGAAAUUAUUGACUGUGUUUCCUCUUCAUUCUCUCCGUUGUAGGUGACAGGCUCUAUUACUGGCUCUUAAUAGUAUCUGUAGCGGUUGUGUACAAUUCAUGGGUUCUUAUAUUAAGGUCGUCUUUCCCCGAACUCCAUAAGAAACAUCAAUACGUUUGGAUAGCAAUCGAUUAUCUCUGUGACGUCGUGUACUUUGUAGACAUCUUCGUCAGCUCCAGAACAGGCUACAUGGAAGAUGGUAUCAUGCAAAAAGACAUCAAAAAAAUGCGGCGUCACUACCUCCGAACGUCGAAGUUUUAUAUGGACGCCGCGUCCAUAAUCCCAUUAGACCUAGCAUAUAUUUUCAUCGCGCAUGAGCCGGCUAUUCGCAUGAAUCGUCUUAUCAAGUAUCACCGGUUCUGGCAUUUUCUGGAUCGUACCGAGAGCAGAACAAGUUAUCCGAACCUGUUCAGACUUGCGUCCCUGAUGCAAUUUAUUCUGGUUAUAAUCCAUUGGAACGCCUGUAUAUAUUUUAUAGUGUCGCGUAAAAUUGGAUUUGGAAAGGACCCCUGGGUAUACCCCGGAAUAAAAGGGAACGCUAAUAUGACUGAAAUGCACAGGUCUCUCACGAGGAAAUACAUCUAUUCCUUUUAUUGGUCGACUUUAACGUUAACUACGAUUGGUGAGGUUCCACCGCCACAUACUAAUGUGGAAUUUAUAAUAGUCAUAAUCGACUAUUUAAUAGGUAAGUUUGGUGUCAUUCGUUAGACUCAACUUGAAGCACUAUUGACCUUCAUUAGUAUGGAGAUGCACAGGCAAGCCUUAUUAUAUCUUACGCUUGAUUAUACAAGCAUUUUUAUUGGUUAUCACGUGUAAUCUAUUGGAGGUUAAACGCAUAGAUGAUGUGACGUUAACGAUAUUUUGAUAAUUUUAUAAUUUAAAUGAAUAUGGAUGCGAUCUUCGCAGUAAUGAACACUACGUAAGUAGUAGUGAAAAUAAGGCCUCAAAAAAAAUUCAGGCCUGUACGGGAUUUGAACCCAUGACCUCUACCAUACUGGUGCAGCGCUCUACUAACUGAGCUAACAAGCCAACUGGGAGCUGUUCAUUAUGUUAGUUCCAAAUAACUGACCUGUAAAGUGGUGAAUUUAACACAGGUAGACCCCAUGUUACCGUGGGUGUUUUCAGUCGCAGAUCACAGGAGACUUUACUAUGUGGUAAGAACAUCAGUGACGCAAUUACGCUUCGUGUGCCACUUUUUUUUCUUACUGCAUUUUGACGUCAUCUGUGAUGUAAUGCAGAACAGACGCACGGAAACAUGGAAUCUGCUUGUUAAUUGGCAAUACACGCGGAAUGCCUGAGAAACUGCGCACCUACUCCUCCCCUAACCCAACUUUAACCCUAACUUGGGGAGGGGUAGGAUUGCAGUUGCUCCGAUACCGACAUUGAUCUGCACACGCUAUAGAUAAAGGUCAGCAAAACUUGCGAACUGAUUAAUGUUUACGUCUUCUAUUACAGGCGUUUUGCUCUUCGCUACCAUUGUGGGAAACGUUGGCAGCAUAAUUACCAAUCAGAAUGCUGCUAAAGUGGAUUUCCAAAAUAAGAUGGACGGGAUUAAGUCCUAUAUGCGCUUUCACAAGAUUCCGCAGCAUCUACAACAACGUGUAAUUAAAUGGUUUGACUAUCUGUGGAUGAACAAAAAACAUCCCGACGAAGAGGAACUCCUGCAGUCACUGCCUGAUAAAUUGAGGGCAGAGUUGGCGAUCCAUGUACAUCUCGAUUCACUGAGAAAGGUCGAAAUAUUUCAAGAUUGUGAAGCAGGAUUUCUUAGCGAGCUGGUCUUGCGUCUCCGUCCUCAGUUGUUCUCCCCAGGUAACAUUCUUCCUUUUCAUUGGCCGAACACCCACUUAGUGACUUGCACUUAAUAGGCUGACCAUGCGUUAUACACUUUGACUAUGUCUCGCUGCGAAUAAUAUUCUGCUUAUGCGCAGUUGCACCAAAUAUCUUUUAUGGAAAAGCGGGCUAAUCGCUUCUCAAGCUGAUAGAGUGUGAUUUUAGGAAAAAAAUCAUGAAAAAUAAACUUGAUUGUCGAAUGGUAAAACAAUUAUUGAGCUUGGUAGAUAGAUUGAAAAUUCACUACCAACGAAUCACGAUAUUUCAUGCAAGGUUGUCCAGUUCAAAAGAGGACUGGUUACAUUCUUCGGAUUUGCGCGUUUUCGCACAUCUGAAGGAUAAGAUUUGAAUGGUGUUGACUUAAAGGAAUUUAUCAUAAAAAGAGCGGGAGCAAGCUGCCCCGCCCUUGGAACAACCCCUCUGCUCUGGAAGGCUGGUUUUCUUUCUAAGCACAGCCUUAUCUCAACUAAAUUGCCUCGCAAUACCAUACAAAUCUUACACUUCAGUUAUGAAAAACACGCCAAGACGAAAAUUCUAUAUGGCAUAAAAUAUUUAUAGACUUCAUUUGCCUGACCUUCCUGCCGCAUGAAUACGAGCUGGCUGAUGCAGAAGGAAGCACAACGUUACAAGUCACAGACAUUUGUAAUUAUGACCCCCCUCCCCCCCACAACUUUGAAAAAUCGUUCCCAUGCCCCUCUUUAUUGCGGAUUCUGAAUUGCUUCCCUUUUAUCUGCAGGAGAUUACGUUUGCAGAAAAGGCGAGGUUGGCCGAGAAAUGUAUAUCGUGAAUAGGGGCAAGCUGGAGGUGGUGUCGGAGACGGGCACCAAAGUGUACGCUGUGUUAGAGGCCGGGAGUUACUUCGGCGAGAUUAGCGUUCUGUGUAUGAGUGCUGCUGGAAAUCGUCGAACGGCUUCGGUACGCUCCGUUGGCUAUUCGGAGUUAUUUUGCUUGUCUAAAAACGAUCUGAUGGAAGUGCUUGACGAGUAUUCAGAAAUAAAGACGAAAAUUGAGAAUAUUGCUAAACAACGUCUAGAGAAUGACAAACGAAGGACCAGCGUAUUGCUUUCUAACAAACAUGAUAAAAACAGAGCUAAUGAAAAUGGAACCGAUACGGAUCUAAGAGUGAAGAGCAAAGUUUUUGCUAAAUUAGAGGAAAGGAUAGCCACUCUUGAGAGGGAACGCGUGGAUUUGAUGGAAGAAAUGAAACGACAAAGAGAGGAAUUUUCCGACAGGCUGGUAGACUUGGAGACGUCCAUGGCACAGUUGUCUCGAGAUCGUCGAGGAGACGGACAGAGACCAACUUCAAGAUCGUUUGAUUUUGUUUGGAAGAGAAGAUGACUGAAUGUGAUUACUGAACUGUUUUCUUUUCCUUUCCGAGUACUUUGACGCUGGCGUUCAAGUACUGUCUCUUAAUUUGAUUAGAUGCACAAUAUUGAACUGACGCUGAAUUAGGUUAAGGUUGAUAAAUGGUAUGCGUCGGUAUGGUAGAGAGGGUAACGUUUGAAGGCAUUCUUACCCGUGCUAUGCUAACAACAAUACAGCACAGGGACCUUAAGCAGUCAGGGCAAAAACACCGAGGAGGGCGUCGAUUAAAAAAUAGAUGAAUACUUUAAGUCAGAAUUUUCCAAAAGGCUGGAUGUCUUAACUGUCUCUUGUGGCCCCUCAUGCACUCCAACUUCAGUUUAACGUAUGUGAGCAGCGAUGAGUUCCAAAUGGAAACUUAGAUAAUUUGCCGUCCGGCGUGGUUUCUGUUCUCAGACCGAGCAAACUAAAAUGAUUUCACGUUGUUGUCAUGUAGAGGACGGCUAGGAAAUGAACAAAGAUUUGAACGCACGAGCCUAGCUAUUAUUCUAUUCAUUUGAUCUUUUGUUUAGCCACGUCCUCGUCGCUGUCGCCGUCGUGGUUUUCUUAAGGUCCCUGUCACAUUCUGAUAUUCUUGUGGCAUCAACUUGUCCUCUCAUAAAAUACGAGAGAAAACCGUGCACUCUGAAGAUGGUUACCAGAAGAAACUCAGCAGAACAGAAGGAGGUGAUGCUAAAUGCCGCUGCGACUCGAUCUACCUUUUCUCUGUGAGCUUAUUUGUUGCGUCUACAGUUCAUAUCCAGUGGAGUGAAUGGAAAUUUCAAAAACAUUUUUAAAUAGCCGCCAGGUAUUGGCCUAGAGUAGCCUUUCUUCUUCAUUUCGUGUCAUUUCGUUUUAUGAACAUCUUUAUAUCAAGAAUAUUGUCAGUUCCUGAUGAUAAAUCUUUCAAACGAACCAGAUUUAAUGGAACAUUUUAGUAAUUUCAUAAUUGCUUAAAACGUUCCGCGCCGACCUAAUAUGUAUUUGUAGCAUUUGUCAUUCUUGUUCACCAGACAAUAGGACGCAAAGCGCUUUUAAAGGUUCCCUAAUUCUCUCUCUUGCUCGUCUACUUUUUACUCAAACUCUGUCGCCUUUUGAUCGUUGUUGUCCGAAGCGUUUCUGGAAUUCUAUGAUUAACUGACUAUAACUUUGAUAAAUUUCCUAAUCUAGAUAUAUAUGCGCCGCUGUGGAACACACAAAAAUGUCGAAAAUCAUUUGUGGAUAAUUAUGAAAUUCUCUCAUUAGAAGCUAUUUGAAGAAAACGUUUGCCUUUGAACUUGCUUCAUAAAAGCAAUCGCUGCCGAUUGUAACAGCUGAAAAGCGGGAAUUUUCAGUCGUUUCGACCUAAAUCACUCAGAGAUAUGCCAAAAAAUCUUAGUUUAACAUUAUAUAUCAAAGGCUUUAAUAAAGUUGAUAAAGUUGCAUUC